CACGAUAUAUUUUAUACGAUACAAGCCUUUAGUCUCAUUAUUUACGGAAGUUACUUGUCACGAUACGUGUAUCCUGUUUGGAAGUUCUACACAAAUAUGGAACUCAAAAUAGUUUUAUUCGGCUUAUUGCUAUCUCUUUUGUCAUUAAAUGGAGUUCAAUCGGAUUGUAAUUAUUUUCGAAAUUUGGAUGCUGGCCAAACAUAUUACGUGUAUAAUAAAGAGUUUCCCGAAUGGUACGAGGGAAUAAAUCAGUGCGUUUGGCAAAUGACAAGUUUUAAUAUUGUAAAACUAAAUUGUUCUAUUGAAAUAGAACCAAUGACUCCAAACUGUUUUCAAGAUAAUUUUUCUAUUCAAUUUGAUAGAGGAAAUACAAUAAGAUAUUGCGGUUAUAAAACAUUUACACUCAUAGGGAUGAAUCCAACUAUAAGAUUGAAUUCAUUUUCAAAUUAUUCGAAAGGUCGAUUUUUAUGCCAGAUAUAUGCAAGUAAUAAUGAUAAUUGCCAAUGCGGUUGGAAAAAAGUAACCAGAAUAGUAGGCGGCAGUGAAACUGAGGUAAAUGAAUAUCCCAUGAUGGCUGGACUUGUUGAUUAUAUGAAACGUGAUAUAGUUUGCGGUUGUACCAUUAUAUCUAAACAAUAUAUAACAACUGCAGCUCAUUGUUUAGAACAAAUACAAAAUAUUAAUAAUUUUGGCAUAGUUGUUGGUGAACAUGAUUUAAAAACAGGUAAAUAUUAA